UUCAAUUUCAUAUCCGCCAUAUCAUGAUGAACACAAGUGACAGAACAUUAUGCGACGGAUCAAAUGAGAUGUUUAAUGCAUUCUUGAAGAAGACAUAAGGUGAUGACGUCCCAGUGAUUCAGGAACUGGACAGGUUUAACAGACGCGGAGUUUCACCGACCCACACCGUUAAAUAAACGGUGGGUUGCCAUCUCCAAAAUACAAUAAAACUGAUCAUCGAGUAAUGGCAUUGAGUGACACACGAAUGCAGAUUGAAACCAGGGAACCGGGAAUGGAAAGCAAUAUUGGUAUCAAGAACGAUUAUGAAAUUCCGAAGAUCCAGACUGAUGGUGAUAAUUAUUCUAAAGAAUCGGUACCGGAAAUAGCGAUAGAUGGCGAGAUUGUUUCUAGCGAACCAGAAAUGGAAAUACAGAUUGGCGCCGUGUUUUCACUUGCAGCACUCGAUGACAACAAACAAAAUGAGUCAUUGGAAUCUGAGUCCUUGGGAUCGCAGACUUCAUUCACGGGAUCCACUGUGUCGGCAAAGGAAGAUGACAGUCUCAACGGUAGCCAGUCAGACGUCACAUGUGCACCGCAUGAAGAAAACAACGUCGACAAUAAUUUAUACAUCAACAGUAGUAUUGCUAAUGAAAGUAGCGAUGUCACCACAGACCAAUAUGGUGGGGACAUAUCUCAUGUUCAUUCUGAAACUUCUUUUUGUUCUGUGUCACCUAAACAUAAAGUUGAUGUGUCCGGUGAGGUUGACUUGAGUGCAAGAAUUGUGAACAAAAAGAAGAAAGAUGCCCAGGUCGCUAAAAAAAUUAAACAUGUUUCGAGGUCAAAGAAAACAAAAGACUAUCCUGGAUACGAAGACAUAAAGAAAUACAGCUACUGUUAUGUGAAGUUGUCUGACGUUUUGAAGCAUAGUGUUAUAAAGCAAGAAGUAGUGAAAAUGGAAAAGAAAAACGAGACGAUGGAAGUCGAGGAAGACAGGGAAAUGACAACGCAAGAACUGAAAAAUCAACAAAAGCCUCGGCCGCGAAAAAAGAAGCCUGUAAAAAUUACGAUGAGAAAGUGGAAAAAGAAAAAGUCUGUUAUAAAACAAAAGGACGAAACUGAAACUGUGGUAGUGGAUGAUCCUCUAAAAUCGGACACAAUUACAGAAAACUUACAGAACAGACCUAACAGAAAAAGAAAAUUCAACCAUAAUCUGUUCACAGAUGCUGUUGUGUUUGAUAGCCGAGGCAUUUGUAACUAUGCUGAUUACGAGAUCAAGGCGCUGGAAGAGGAGGAAUCUAGGCGAGGCCAAACUACGAUAUAUGGAUUCCGAGGAAGUCGCCCCCAGGUGGCCAGGACUAAAAAGAAACUAUGUCGCGUCAAAAGAGAGGAUAUGCCGUUUAUAAGCGUUAAACUUGACAAUGAGCAAAUCGAUAAGCUUGAUAAAUCGAAAUUUGCUGUUUCGAAAUCUGUUGCUGUUGUUAGAUCUAUCAAAUGUUAUACGAAUCAUCAACUUCAAAAAAUCAACAAUGGCAGUUUCCGUAUUUUGAAAAGUUGGUCGAAGGAAAAACGCUCAAGACCUGUCAAGAAAAAUAGAAAGGAAAAAUCCAAAGCCACAAGUAGUUCGAAAGUAACUGCAGCCGUAAUGAUGGAGGAUGGGUCUAUGUCAGCAACGAGGAAAAAGAAGGAAAACAUGUCAGUGACGGGGUUUUCUGGUACGACAAUUCCACUACACCAGCAGAAGAUGACACAUGAUACCAAAAAUGUUGAUAUGAGUACUCUGUUAUUGUCCAAGAAACCUCAUGCAACACAUCCAAAUUCGGUAGUUCUACCGGUAAAUGCACAAGUUAAACAAAGUAGCGUGUCAUCCUUUGACGACAACAAGGGUACUUUGGUCUCAAACGAAGCUCGAGUUAGUCUUACCGGAAGAUAUAGGAAGCCAAGUAAAAAGUACAUUUCCUUCAUUACAAAUUUUGAACGGAAUGGAUCUACAGCAAAAAUCCCAACAAAAACAGGAGUCAAAUUAGAACAACCGUUUAUUGAAAUGGACAUUGCCGGAGAUGCUGAAGGUACAGUUCGACAUCAGCAUCUAAAUGGAGCCAUAGACAAUACUAAAAAGUCAAACAAUUCCGUUGAGGUGAAAGAUCGGAUGUACAAACACGAACCAAAUCAAGCAACGCUGUCCGUUCAAACCUAUGGCGAUUCCGCGACCUGUACAACCCCAAACGUUACAACAGAAAGUGCUAACAUUUCGAAACCAGUAAAAAGCAGUCCGACGUUUGUAAUGAAGUCGCAAUCCGUGAGUAAUGCUUCAGUACUUUUCCCUCCAAAUCUGUUGAAAAGUACUGUAAAUGAACUUGCUAGGGUACAAAAUACGAAGAAGUUUUUCCAGUUACGCGUUGGUGACAAAAUGGUGUUAAUACCAGCAGAUGGUGGAAAUAUUGUUCCGAAGGCAUAUGUGAUAGAUGUAGCAAGUCAUCUUGCGGUCACGAAGACAUCUGCUGAAAAAAAUACACGCACUCCGGACUUUUCCUCGAAAAAGUCCUCUGAAGUGUCAUCAAAGCACGUUAAUACUGAAACGACAGAGAGUGAUUUGGAUAGAAAGAGUGAUUCAUUGGGACGAGCCCUUGCAUCAGCAGGUAGUCUUGAUUCUAUGUUUCCACAUUCGGCCAAUCAACAGGUCACUUCAAUUGAAUCUACUGGAGGCUGUAGUGGUGGAAAGCUGACGAUAAAUACCGGGAAUGUGUUGAAACAAGCGUUACUAUCACCUCCGCCAUUAUCUCCUCAUGUGGAAUCUGUGAGUUCUCUGAUUUUCAACUCCAGACACAUUCCCCCAGUAUUGAGUCCCACAGGACUAGCGAAUCCAGAGGGUGUUUAUGAUGACACAAAACCGCCCGUUCUUCGACAGGAGUAUGCCUCUUGUGAUGGUGAUAACCCGAAUCCCAGUCAAAUGAAAAGUAUUCUUCCAAAAGUGAUAAAAGGAUCUACAUCGGACGGAGAACCUGCGAGAGCUGGUUUACCUGCAUAUACAGGUGGAACUUCACCUUCACUUAUCGUCAUUCCUCAUGAAACAAGGACCGAUAGAUUAGUCGUCAAGAAAGAACCUGAUCAUCUCAGGAAUUUUGUAGUUGGUGCCAGUACGAAAGAUACUGCACAAAGAAAUAAAUCAAACACACCGUCUACACUUUUGGACUCGCAGGAAACACGUUCUAAAACUCAAUUAACACAUAACAAUGUAACUGUGUCGGAAAACUGCUUGAGUUCUUCAGAUACAGGCAGUAGAAGUGAUAACACAAGGACAACGACUGAAAUAGUAUCAAGUGAAGACGCAGAUUUGCGACCCAUAGUAAAGUUAAACGCAACAUGUUUUUCGUCAAAGGAGACCAAUCAAACAUCCUCCUACAACUCUGCAAUGGCUUUAAAGGUAGACCAAAACCGAUCUGUUACCUCACAAUCUGCACAAGAAGAUAAAAACAAGACUGUAACGACGUCGGGCACAUUGUUUGUUGCAGGCGUAGACAACGAAGCAAAUCCUCAACCCGAAGAAGCUUCCAGUUAUCGGGAACCAACCGAUACGGAUCGGGAACGAACCAUGUUUGGCAUCGAAACGGUUACACACGUUCCAGCCAAUGAAACUCUGGUUCAGGAAAGAAUUAGAAAACUUCGGGAAAGGUUAAGGGAAACGCAAGCUGAUUUGGACACCGCCAAGAAGACAAUUAGAAUUAAGAAGGAGUACAAUGAAGAUGACUAUUAGAACCUUUAAUCGUACUUUUUAUUUUUCCAUCUCACUCCCAUCACACAUUUUGGAUGCAACGUUCAGAUGAAUUGCUUAAAAAAAACAAGUUGAUUAAUUGAUUUUUUUUUGUUGGUGCCAGAUUUGUAGAACGGCAAUAUAUAUAAAAACCUUUAGUGUCCAAUAUCCUGAAAUGGUGCUGUAUCAUUGUUUCUCCCUUUUUGCACAUGUUUGGAAAUAAUGAUUUUGAUGUCAUUUAUUCAAACCGUUAUUAUCAAGAGAUCAAUUAAAAUGUGAUCGAUAAAUGCUGUAGUCAAACACCUUGAUACGUGACUAAUACAUAGGAAAAUUAUUUUCCCUGUUUUUAUAGCAUAUAUCGUUCAGCUGUGUUCAUACGAAUGUAUUACUUGUAAAUAUG